GACCGGAUUUGUUACAAAGCAAAAGGGACGAGAGAGGGGAGUGAAAAACGUAGAGUCAAAGGGGUGGGUAGUAGUAGCUUUUUUGAAGGAACGUCAACCUUUUUUUAAAAAAGCUGCGAGGCCACAAAGUGAAAAUGGUAGUGGAUUUCUGUGAUUAUUUCUGGGGAGAGAGGAACAGUGGAUUUGACGUGUUGUAUCAUAACAUGAAGUAUGGCCUCGUUGCAAGCAAAGAGUUGGCGGAAUUCCUCAGAGAAAGAUCUUCUCUGGAGGAAACAUAUAGCAAACAGUUAGGUAAAUUGGCCAAGCAGUGUGGCUCGUCAACCAGCAUAGCAGCUGCCAAUAGUGCUACCACUAAUCCAAAUGGAGCACCAAAUGUCGGACCCCUGUGUACAUUUACUCCAUUGUGGCAAUUACUUAAAACAUCCUGUGAAAAAGUGGCUCAGCUUCAGUUACAGAUGGCUCAAAAGCUAAAUGAAAUGGUUAAAGAUGUUGGCAAAUACAGUGAUGAACUAGCCAGGAAACACAAGGUUGUCAAGGAAUCAGAAAGCAACACAGUUGAAGCUAUUCAGCUUUUGAAUCAAACCAAUGUGACCUUACAACGAUCAAAAGAGGCAUACUUUCAACGCGGUGGGGAACUGACGAAAUUGCGCAGAGAUGGCUCAACAUCGAACAAGGACUUGGAGCGUGCCGACACCAAAUUUCGCAAAGCUGCUGAAGAGUACCGGAACUUAGUUGAAAAAUACGCACAAAUGCGGGAAGAUUUCGAAAGAAAAAUGACCGUUUCUUGCAGGCAUUUUCAAGAAGUGGAAGAAGGUCAUCUAAGUCAAAUGCGAAAUUUCCUCAACAGCUAUGUUAAUGUCUUGUGCAACAACUAUGAAGCUAUGGGACAGGUUCACGUCGAUCUUCGACAGCAGUGGGAUGACUUGAGUGUCGAUCGACUUAUGGACAUGUUUGUCGUGUCCAAGAUGACAGGCAUGGAAAAACCUUUACCUGUGGAGUUCGAAGAGUUCCCCUUGGACAGUGAUCAACAACUGGGAGCAAAUACUUCGAAUCAACUUCCCGAUUACUUGGAAGAAUGGACAGCGCCCACGUCUACUACUGGCAAAGUUCGAGAAGAUGGAGGUGAGUCCAGGAAGAAGGUGUCAAACAAGAAGUCGUUCAUCAGCAGCAGCAAGGAGGAGAAGAAGGAGAAACGAAGCAAACGAGACAGCGAAGAAGGUGGUCGAGUCGCCGGCAAACAGGGUUCCCGCCGGGCUACUUCUCUCUUGAACUUAUUCACCUCCUCCUCCUCUUCCUCCCCAAAUGCCCAGGGCAAGAGCAAGGUGAAGGCAUCAGGCAAGGUUCGUCCGCUCAAGGGAGGAGGUGAUUCGGCGGCCGAGGAACCGAUGAGUCCAUCUGUGGACGUGGUGAGCGUCGCCAGCGGGCGGGGCUUGGGCGGAUCAGCUCCUGCAACGCCCACUGAGGCCGAGUCGGCCACCAACCAGUCAGCCACCGGAUCCUGGAGCAGGAACUCUUUGCGGGGCUCGAAAUGGUUUUUGAAGAGCCGCCGUGACCGCCGAAAGGAAAAAGACAAGGACAAGAACAAGGUGUCGAAAAAGAAGCGCGAUUCGGAUGCAUCCAGCAUUAAGAGCGACGGCGAGCCCAACCUGACCGGCUCGGCAACGGGAGUCGCCGUCGUGAGUGGAGGAAGCAAUGUUUCUAGCGGCAACAUCACUCUUGGAGGUGUGGGUAGCGGCGGCGGCAGUGGUCAAGAUAGUAGCAGUUUCGGACGUGAAAAAGAGCGCCGUGAAGACAAGGAUGAAAGUCCGUUGUACUCGACUGGCGACGCGGCGUCCGACAGCGCCGUUAAAGUCGACGACGAAGGCUACACAAUUCGACCGCGAGAUGAAACGUGGAAUGCGGAGAAAACCAGCGGUUUCUACUCGAGUUCCGACGCUGAUUCGGAUGACGAGCCGGAGAGAAAAUUGCACGUUGAAAUCAAACCCAUUACCAACGGAUCCAAUUUGCCAAGUGCCACGGUUGAUGAACUGAAAGCGACCAUUGAAGGAUUCAAUAUCAACACUUCCAUGUUCAACACUGCCGCUAAAAAGAACACUUCCAUGGAUUCCUAUUCGACAUCUCAACUGAGUAUGGGGAAAUCGAGUAGCGAUCUAGUCGGUCUUAACCUAUUUCACAGUCCUACUCAUUCCAACACGUCUACCCCGACCGGCACAGUCGCUGCUGGAGGCCAGUCCUUCGCUUCCAUGAUGUCGCCCACUGGAACGGGUUCGCCCUCCAACCGGCAUAAUACGGCCACACCUGCAGCCUGUGCAGGUGAAGAUCUGUUUGAUGAAGUGGGCGAAAUCGUUCCUGCAUUACCUCCUAAACAGGGAAGGUUGCAAGCUCCCAACUCCCGAGGCAGUACGCCCACUCUUGGCACUAUCGCCGUCCCACGCCCGCCUUCUCGCAAAGGAAUGGAGACCACUGCUCGUUUGGCGGCCGCCAGUCCUCUCACACUCCAGUCGUCGCCAGCUCCUAGUGCCAACACAUAUUCAACUAACAUAGCGCGAGCUGAUUCCGUUCUGAGCCUUGACUUUAGAUCUGGUGUAUCGACCUCGCCGACGUCACUGAGCCGACCGGGAUCGAGAUCGGCCGGUCCGUCCCCGUUAACCGUCAGCAUGCCUUCGACGGGAAGUGCAGGCGCUGUCGACAGUAUCCCACUUGCAGUUGCAUUCCAAGAGGUUGUUCACGCCCUGUUCCGCGGAACCGACGAGGCGAGAUGCCAAGUCCGGAUCAGCGGCGACAUGAUGCUCUCAUUUCCAGCUGGUUUGGUCCAGUUGAUCAAUGCACAGCCUAAUCAUAACAUACCGCCCAUAUCAUUCCGAAUUCGUAAUUAUCAAAAUCUGGAGAACGUUGUUCCCAACAAACAAGUGCUCAACAUGGAACAAGAUCUGAUGAGCGUCGAGCCAGUGUUCCAUUUCAACAUGCCACAGUUAACUUUGCUUCUCAAGCGGCAAGCCGAACAAAAUCCUUCGGCGUCCUACUUCAAUGUGGAUAUCCUCAAGUAUCAAGUGAAGGCUCAGAGUGGCACAGGCUCAGCGCCGUUGCACUUGGUGGCCUAUUGGAAGUGCGAGCCGUCGCAAACGGACGUGCGUUUGGACUACAAGUUCAACGCCCACGCCCAAGUAACGCCGGCUCCGCUGCGCAAUCUCAUGAUUUCCGUACCGAUCGAAGGAGCCGUGACGUCGAUGCAAGCCAAACCGCAAGGAGAAUGGCAAGUUGAAUUUUUGUUUUUGUUUUAUUUGUAUUAUUUCUUUUACCCCUAUUACUACCCCCGUUCGUCAACUGAUUGGAUUACGUUGAUUUCAUGGCUGGAAAUUCUCGGAUAUACGUGCAGGAUGGGAAAUAGUAAUCGCGCUCUUUGGAAGCUACCGGAAAUGUCGCUGGAGGCGGAUGGUGCCAACAUGGGCUCAAUACGAGCCCGUUUCAACGUCAGCGGCAGUUCGGGCAGCCCGACGACAAUCACUGCUCACUUUGGUUGCGACGGCUCGACCAUGUCUGGCGCUGAAAUGGAUUUAGUCUCGACGGGCUACCGGACAUCCUUGGUCAAAAGACGUUUCGUCGCCGGUAAAUAUCUGUGCGAAGCUGAGGCUUCAGCUCUGCAGAACAAUCGUUACGCGGCUCCGCCGGGCCCGACUUCCACCGAAUGCUGAAAUAAAUUCUUAGAACCUGAUUGAAGCAAAGUCACGAAGGGUAACCAAAACUCGCAUCUAAUCGAAUUGGAAGGAAUCUUCUCUUUUAGACACAUAUAUUCUACUGUAUACAUACCUUUAAAAAAAAAUAGAAAAAAACAAAAAAUCGGUAAACCCCAAACUCGACGCUCUUCCUCCCCUCCCUCACAUCCAAAUUUUUAAACCAACAAAAAAAAUAUUGAUUAAUAAUAAUAAUUAAUAAGUAAUGGGUCAAACCAUUUGUUGUCUUGUUCAGCAGCAAUAGCAGCAAACCAACCGAUUUGCACGUUAAAAAAAAUUGUUACAUGUAAAGCUGCCUUACCUUGAAAAGGGCAAGACAUCACUUUAUCUUCUUAUAUUUGCCCUUUUUUCCCUCGUUUCCUGUUUCUUCUUAAUUUUUUGGGUCAUAAUACGAUACAAACUACAAAACAAA